AUGGAAGCAGCGAUCAAGAGGGAGCUGGGCCUGAAGAAGCUGGAGCCAUUCGGUGGCGCAGCCGGUGGAUGUAUCAGCCGAGGAGGCGGCUAUCACACCGAUCAACUCGGCGAUCUCUUCAUCAAGUUCAACGAUCGUGAAAACGUAACUCUUUUUUUUUAUAGUAUAUCCGACGGUGGCCGUCAUUGCUUAGUCACCGAAUAUAUUGAUAUGCAUGGUCCUUCGAAACCGUCGCAACUCGGUAGAGAUUUGGCGAGGUACAGUAUUUCCUUUUUAUGUGUUUUUUUUUUGCAUCUAUGCAACGCAGAAAACUCAUAUUGA